AUGCGCGCUGCCGAAGCAGUGAUGCUGUACGGCGCGAAAGUUUGGGCCGAGGCCCUGCGACACGAGAAGUACCACAGGCGCAUAGCCGCGGUACAGCAGAGGGACGCUCUCCGAAUUGCGUGGUCCUACCGCACGGUCUCUGGACCCGCGGUGCUAGUGGUCGCGGGGGAGAAGGCAUCAAGGCUCGCCAGGUCUACCAGCAUCGAGAUCUGGCAAAGCAGAUGGGAACAGGUGCCUAGGGGCAGAUGGACAGCCCGACUCAUCAGUAGGCUAGACAUCUGGCUAUACCGGGAAUCAGGGGAGGUCGACUUCUACCUCACCCAAUUUUUGACCGGGCAUGGUCUGUUCCGCUCCUAUCUCGCAAAAAUAAGGAAGGUCGCAGACGGCAACUGCCCCUAUGGCGACUCGACCGUCGGCAACGCCCACCACACGUUCUUCAAAUGUACCCGGUGGAACGUCGAACGACUCGCCUUGGAAUAA